GACAGAAAGUUCAUGCAAAAUUAUAAAAAGAGAUUUACUGAAUUAUAUGAAGCUGAAGAUCUGAAUAUCCAUGUCUUGGAUAUUGCAAAGAGAAUAUUUCCAAAUGAAGAAAAAUAUAUCGAAUCAAAAAAGCA